AUGUCCGAGAAAUCCAGUGCAUUCGUGAAAUGUAUAUUGAUCGGUGAAAGUGGAGUUGGAAAAACUAGUCUGGUUGUUAGCUAUACUAAAGAUGAUUAUCCAGUUCAACAUGAACCUACGGCAUUUGAUACCUAUGUUGUCGAUCUCCGUGUUGAAAAUCGUCAAGUGAACUUGCAAAUAUGUGACGCAGGUGGCGCUCCAGGUGUUCGUUCCCUUCGUGAGUUGGCCUAUCCUGAUGUGCAUGUGGUGAUCUUCUGCUUCUCCGUGGUACAGCCGGAGACUCUUUGGGCCCUGCGUGACCGUUGGCUGCCUGAAUUAGCAGCUAGUGGUCUCGUUCUCAACCCAUCAGCCCUCGAAACAGCUUCGCGCAUCGGCUGUCUCCCUCCACCUAAUCUAUCAGCCACCGUUCCUCGACCUCUUGGUCCCGCUUUUAUCCUCGUUGGCUGUGCCUGCGACCUGCGCAACGAUAUCAAGUGCCUACUUGACCUUUCGGUGCGGAACGAGCUUCCUGUUAACGAAGCUGUGGCUCAUCGUCUAGCCGUGGAGUUUGGUGCCGAAGCCUACAUCGAAUGUUCCGCACUAACCCAGAAGCAGCUUAAGAAGGUCUUUGAUCUCGCCGUUUGGUAUGGUCUCCACGCGCAGCAGGCGAUGCUUGGUAUCACGAGUGCAGGCGUCAGCUCAAGAAACAGUCUCUCACCACACCCACUACUUGGCAGUGGGGUCUCGCGUAAGUCCAAACGUCGACGCCACCACAGUCCGACGGAGACAACCAACCAGGUGGUGCAGCACUCCAACGACUUAUGUGCGUCACAACGCUCUAUUUGGAAGAAGCUCCUGUGUUUGCGUUAA